AUGGCUGUCAACCGCGAUAACUCCAAGCUCUUGACCUACGAAGCGUUUGAAGGAAGUCGUAAACAACCCAAGGACUACCACGCAAUGUUUAACCAUAAAUCCAACGUGAUCAAUACGUUAGACAACGCCAAGUACCACAAGGGUCUACCGGACGAUACCCCCUCAGGAUCGUGGACGAAGGCACGAAUGAUGCAGGGGUGCGCCACCUACGACAUCGAAUUGAACGUUAAAGAAUAUCGUUCAACUUUGUGGGCCAAUAUAAAAACUCACAUCGCAGCCAACAUCGUAGCUGUCAUCGUGCAGAUGGUCAUGGACCGCGGCCAUCGCGUCGUCUUCACGCCGCCAUAA